CAUUCUAGGAAGAGGCAAGAGACCCAGAGAUUAGUUCACUGGUCCACACCACCCAGCUUCCCAGCUGCACAGCCUGGAUUAGAAGCCAGGGUUUAAGUACUGGCUUCUGCACUCCAGGCCUCCAACACCUGUUUCCAUGCACUGACCUUGGCCUGGGAGUAUCCUACCACUUGAGCAGAGAGAGCCAGAGCCGGGUGGAAGUGCGAGAUGAUACCCAGCCCCUUCUGCCAGCCAAGCCUCCCCGCACUUUGUGAAUGAAGGCCAAGGAAGAGAAAUGUUGCAGUGACUCCCUUUGAGCUCAUAUUUCUUUCUCGUUGAAAAAGUGCUUAUUUCAGCAUCCAUCAUCUCUCUCUUUGUUGUGUAGACAAUCCGCCCUGUCGGAAGCUUGGAGCUGUUAUUAUGAAUUUGUUUAUUAUUAGAUUUAUUUCUCCUCUAAGCAAAUGUGUUCACAAUAUUCCAUCGGGGAAUCUUCUUAAUUGUCACAUAAAUGUCAUCUUAUGUAAAUUGAAUAUUUAUCUUCCCAUGGAAGGGGGUGGUGGGAAAAGGAAGAAUAAACAACCUUCAGUAUCGGAGAGGGAAAGGGAUUCACCCACGUGUCUUCAAAGCUAAAGAUGGAAGAGAAGAGGCGAAAAUACUCCAUCAGCAGUGACAACUCUGACACCAGUGACAGUCACGCCACACCUACGCCAGUGUCAAGAUGUCCCAAACUGCCGAGCAGCACCAAGGUGGGCUGGCCCCGGCAGAAAGAAAAGAAGCCCUCAGAGGUUUUCCGAACAGACUUGAUCACAGCCAUGAAGAUUCCAGAUUCCUACCAGCUCAGCCCGGAUGACUACUACGUCCUGGCAGACCCGUGGCGACAGGAGUGGGAGAAAGGUGUGCAGGUGCCUGCUGGCGCGGAGGCCAUCCCAGAGCCCGUGGUGAGGAUCCUCCCACCACUGGAAGGUCCCUCUGCGCAGGUGUCCCCAAACCACCCUGCACUCGGUGAGGGGUCCCAGCCUGUGUGGCCCGGAGGCAGCCGCUAUGACCUGGACGAGAUUGAUGCCUACUGGUUGGAGCUCAUCAACUCCGAGCUCAAGGAGAUGGAGAGGCCCGGGCUGGAUGAACUGACACUGGAGCGUGUGCUGGAGGAGCUGGAGAGUCUCUGCCACCAGAACAUGGCACGGGCCAUCGAGACGCAGGAGGGGCUCGGCAUCGAGUAUGACGAGGAUGUCGUCUGUGACGUGUGCCGCUCCCCUGAGGGUGAGGACGGCAACGAGAUGGUCUUCUGUGAUAAGUGCGACGUCUGUGUGCACCAGGCAUGCUACGGGAUCCUCAAGGUGCCCACAGGCAGCUGGCUGUGCCGGACGUGUGCCCUGGGAGUCCAGCCAAAGUGCCUGCUCUGCCCCAAGCGAGGAGGAGCCCUGAAGCCUACCAGAAGUGGGACCAAGUGGGUGCAUGUGAGCUGCGCCCUCUGGAUUCCUGAGGUCAGCAUCGGCUGCCCUGAGAAGAUGGAGCCCAUCACCAAGAUCUCGAAUAUUCCAGCCAGCCGCUGGGCUCUGUCCUGUAGCCUGUGCAGGGAGUGUACGGGCACCUGCAUCCAGUGUUCAAUGCCUUCCUGUGUCACCGCAUUCCAUGUCACCUGCGCCUUUGACCAUGGCCUGGAGAUGCGGACUAUAUUAGCAGACAAUGAUGAGGUCAAGUUCAAGUCCUUCUGCCAGGAGCACAGCGACGGGGGCCCGCGGAACCCGCCGUCUUCGGAGCCCGUGGAGUCCAGCCAGGCCUGCGAGGAUGUGGAGAAGGUGACCCUGCGCAAACAGCGGCUGCAGCAGCUGGAGGAGGACUUCUAUGAGCUGGUGGAGCCCGCCGAGGUGGCCGAGCGGCUGGACGUGGCUGAGGCCCUGGUCGACUUCAUCUACCAGUACUGGAAGCUGAAGAGGAAAGCCAAUGCCAAUCAGCCGCUGCUGACGCCCAAGACAGACGAGGUGGACAAUCUGGCCCAGCAGGAGCAGGACGUCCUCUACCGCCGCCUGAAGCUCUUCACACACCUGCGGCAGGACCUGGAGAGGGUUAGAAAUCUGUGUUACAUGGUGACCCGCCGUGAGAGAACGAAGCAUGCCAUGUGUAAGCUCCAGGAGCAGAUAUUCCACCUGCAGAUGAAGCUUAUUGAACAGGAUCUGUGCCGAGAGCAAGCUGGGAGGAGAGCAAAGGGCAAGAAGAGUGAUGCCAAGAGGAAAGGCCGAGAGGCUCCCAAGGGCAGUAGCCCGGAGAAGAAGGAGAAAGUCAAGGCCGGCCCGGACUCCGUCCUGGGGCAGCUGGGCCUGUCCACCUCGUUCCCCAUCGAUGGCACCUUCUUCAACAGCUGGCUGGCACAGUCGGUGCAGAUCACAGCGGAGGACAUGGCCAUGAGCGAGUGGUCCCUGAACAACGGGCACCGCGAGGACCCUGCCCCAGGACUGCUGUCGGAGGAGCUGCUGCAGGACGAGGAGACACUGCUCAGUUUCAUGCGGGACCCAGCACUGCGACCCGGUGACCCUGCCAGGAAGGCCCGUGGCCGCACCCGCCUGCCUGCCAAGAAGAAACCCCCACCACAGCACGAUGGACCCGGCUCACGGAUGACUCCAGAGAAGCCUGCCAAGAAGCCCUGGGGUCAGGAUGCAGGCAGCGGCAGGGGGGGGCAGGGGCCACCGACCAGGAAGCCACCACGGCGGACGUCUUCUCACUUGCCGUCCAGCCCGACAGCUGGGGACUGUCCCAUACCAGCAGCUCCAGACAGCCCCUUGCCGCUGGCCCCCGAGACCCCGGAGGAGGCAGCCCCAGCAGCGGCUGAUUUGCAUGUCCAAGUGCCUGGCCCUACGGUGAGCCCUAAACCCCUGGGCCAACUCCGGCCACCCCGUGAGAGCAAAGUCUCGCGGAGAUCGCCGGGUGCCAGGCCCGAUGCUGCGACAGGACCACCCUCUGCUGUGGCCGAGAGGCCAAAGGUCAGCCUACACUUUGAUGCAGAGGCCGACGGCUACUUCUCCGAUGGGGAGAUGAGCGACUCAGACGUAGAGGCAGAGGACGGUGGUGUGCAGCGGGGUUCCCGGGAGGCGGGGGCUGAGGAGGUGGUCCGCAUGGGGGUACUGGCCUCCUAACUCUCCCCUAUCCCUGUCCCAGGCCCUACCCUGGUCCCCCACAAGGCCUCAGCCCGGUCACAACUGCCAUUUCCAAUCUCUGCUGAGUGUCCCAGACCUUUGAGGCUACCACUCUGUUGUGGUUUUAUUUUUAAUAGAGAGUUCCAAAUUCCACACUGUUGUCUUUCCUCUGUGCUGGCCUAGGAUGUUAGGAUUCCUUCCACGGCUCCGGCCACAAGGACCAUACCUGGUCCUUUGUGCCACCCCUGACGUGACCCACGCGGCAUUGUUGGGCUUCUGGCUAGAUGUAGGCAAAGUGAAGAAGAGCUCAGGACUCCUGCCCACUGCCGCUGGGUGACACGGACCAUUGUUGGGCAUUAUUUCCUGGCAGAUGGGCCAGCCUGGGGCCUGUCCCACCUUGCCCCCAUCGCAGGAGGGCCUGUUGUGGGGUGGGGUCCUGCUGCAUUCCCGUGGUUCCCCAAGAAAUAUCCUAAGUGACACCCAGCCAGAGUUUACUCACUGUCACAAGCACAACGAGUUCCUACGAGAAAGCACUGAGGGCUGCAGGGGGCCACCGAUUCCUGACCAACCCACGUCGCCUGAGGCCUGCGCCCCACCCGUCACCUCCCCGCCUUGCUGCUCUGCCCCUGCCAGUGGCCAGCCCAGUGGCUCUGGGAAGGGGCUCCCAGAAUCCUUCCUGAGCUGUGCCGUUUACUCAGGGGACUCCCACACAGCCGGCCACCCCACAGAUGGAGGACUCCAGGGGAGGGCCACUGCCCGGCGGAGGGCAAGGGCUUCCUUUCUUCCUUCCUUGGAGCCAGGCUUGGCUGAAGGCUGGUCACUCCCACACAGAACUGGCCUGGCCAGACCAGACCGUUUGCCUUUUCAAGUUCCUAGUCCUGCUAAGAGAUGAGCUUCCUUGGUUUCCUUUUGGAAACACCUUCCAACACGCAGUGGGAUCCCGGGGCCCUGGGCAGGCCCACAGCCUGCCGGGGUGAAGUCUUGCUGGAUGGUCCUGUGUCCUUUUGUCCCUUAGAGCCUUAAACCCCUGUCCCAGGCAUGUCCUCCCUCCCUCCUCGCCCUCCUCCAGGUCCUCCGUAAUUGCACUGAAGGUUUCAGUGGAGUGGCCCCAGGGUGAUAGCUCAGGGAACAAACAAAAAAGGAAUUCCGUGAAAACAUUGGGGCUUUUGUUUUUUGUGUUUUUGUUUUUGUUUUUGUUUUUCUUGUACGAACUACUCCUGGGUCACUUCCACCACUGGUGAAGCCAGAACUUCAACAGGAACCUUGCAGAAGUCCAGUGAGUCAGUCGAAUCAUUCUAUGGAUGCCAAAGAAUACUUUGACCCUAAUACAGCACAGCCCGGACCUGACAACUUGUCACUUGGACUUUUUUAAAUGGAGUUCUUUAGCAACAAAGUGCAGAAACCUGUUCAUUGUGCACUCCUGAGGAGAGCCCGGGUCUUGGAGGAGGAGGAGGAAGAGGAGGCUUCGCUGCUGCUGCUGCUGUUACAUGGGUCCCAGGGCUCGGCUUCCAGGCCCUGGGCUGAGCCACUGUGAGCAAUCCCGUCCACUCUGAGACUCGGGGGACACCCCGACUGUGAAACCAGCACAAAGAGCAACUUUCCCAUGUGGCCCCCGCCCCGUGCAAACACACCAAGCCAGGUUGGGAACAGCUUGACUUUCACCCACCCGCAACUCCAAAACUUACCAAGGUACGACAGUGGUAGUGUCAUCGACAGUUGUCAUUGGUUUCAUGGGAAUUUAGCAAAAGCAGAAACAAAAGAUGGUGACAAGGUUCAGAGGAUUGGACAGACGUGUCUGAUCUGCAUGGACUCCACAGAAGUGGGGUGCCCUGAGGACCCUGGGCGUGGGGAAGGCAUGAGCUCCCACUAGACUUAGGCUGCCUGCCCCCCUCGGUCAUAGUGACAGUGCGGUGUCAGCGUCAGCAUCAGCAUCCCAACCCCAGUCUCUGUUUACCGGCUUUGGACAGAACUUCCUUCCUUCCCUGGGCUUUGGGUCUUCUCAGGUCACCCUGAGCUGAAAACAACCAAACCCUGCUGGUGGUGGGGUGCUGGCGAGGCUCUAAGGUUGAGCAGUUUCAGCCCCCACCCUGGAGCCCUGCGCUCCACGCUGGGGCAGGGGCCAGGCUGGGUGAGUGGAAAUGGGAGGGUGAGUGUGGGAGCGGGGGCUGGGAAGGCAGACAGGGUCAGCCGAUGGUCCUCGGAAAGCUGCUGCGCACGGCAGCCUGGAGUUUGGCUUUGCUGGCCGUGGCUUUGGCCUGGGCCUGUCUGGCCGAUGACCCCUCUGCUCCCUACCAGGCCCUCGUGCAGUGCUAAGCAAGCCGCUGUCUCCACUUCCAGGGUGUCCACCAGGCCACUGGGGACAAGGCCACUGGCCUCUCGUCCAGCCUUGCCCGGCAGCCCCCAACCUUCCCUGGCAGCCCUCACUCUGCUGCCGGCCCCCUGUCCACGAUGUGGAGCGCAUUGCCACCCGAGACCCAGGCGGGCUCCUCUUCCGGCCAAGGCCUCCAGGUCUUGCGCGCGUCCGCGUCGCCCACGCUCGCCCUCUCCCGGGAGGCGGCAGCUGCUCUGUAACUCAUCCGGCUCACAUCCCACACUCUCACCUGCCCUGGCCGCCUCCCGCCUCUCCCCUCAUCACGUGACAAAGGAAAAUGCGAGGAAAGUAUUUUUAUGUAUCAUAAAUAUAUUUUGAAACAGAUAAGGAGCAGAAAGGUAGAGUGCUCGUUUAUUUUAUGAAAUGAGCUCGGAAGUCUGACAGCGCGCGAGCAUUUCCAGUGUUAAAAGCCUCGGCUUUCUUGGAGAAGCUGCGCAGGGUUCCAGACGCAGGUGUUGGGCCGUAGUUGCGCGUGUGUGCACAUGUGUGCACACGGCGCCUGCCUUCUGUGACCGUGUUGUGCACACCCUUGUGCACGACGUACCGGCACACUGGGAAUUGCUGGGGCGAUUCCUGACGAGCCAGCUGCCCGAUUCUAACAAACAUUGACCGCAGCUGGACUUGGCAUCCCCUUGUUCACUGCCAGACGUGGCCAACCUCUGCCCAUGCCCAAAGCUCUGCGGAAUGGUCUGGAUCCCUGUGGCAAGGCCACUUUCCUGUGCUCUCGGCCCAGCUGGUCACAUUGGCCAAAGAGCCAGGGCUGGAGCCUGCGACGUUUCUUUGGCUGUUCUUUAAGGCCCCUCCCGCCGCCCUCACCCUCAGAUGCACAAACUCUUUGUGCUCCAAAUCACAUGGGGGGAGGUGGUGGGGGGUGAUAUGAAUGUCACAGGAGGAGACACCUUCUGUCUUUGUUUCAAAGAAAGUGAUGUGCCAUUUGUUAAUAUACAAGAGAAAUAUUGAAAAUAUAUUGAAAAGAGCAAUUUUAAAUUAUUUUUGGCUUAUGUUGCAAUAUUUAUUUUCUUGUAUUAGAAAAGAUUCCUUUGUAGAGAAAAAUGUAUUUUCAUUACCGCAAAGACCUAUUUCUCCUUUUUGUACAUUGUCCAUGUUCACGACCCUCAACGAGCAAUAGAAUGUACGGUCACCUCGGUGUGGCCAGUGCCCGCUGUGCCCUGCAUGAUUCUCUGUUGCCGCUGCUGCGUAGCUCCCUGCCCCAUCCUGUCCUGCUCACUCACGGGGGCUUCAGAAGCUGGGCCCACCAGGGCCUGUGUCUUCAGGAGCCCCUUACACUCCUCGUGUGUUGGCAAACGCAGUUAAUAAAGCAGUGUUUUCUGUG